CUUUCUCACAAACGCGGGUUAAACAUGUCACAUCAACAGUUGACAUUCUAUGGAUAUAAGACGAGCGCCAAUGCCCUAAGGGUCGCGAUCGCUCUCACCCACGCUCGAGCCCAGUACACAUACCACGACAUCAAUCUAACGAACAAGCCCGAGUGGUUCACCGCUAAGGUCAACCCGGCCGGGAAGAUCCCAGCCAUCACGAUCGGCGGCCCGCCCGUACCCGCAGACCAGCCCUCGCCAGACUCGACGAAGCUCGCGGAGUCCCUUGUCCUCCUCGAGCUCAUCGCGGAUCUGUACCCCUCCUCGGGGCUCAUGCCUUCGGACCCCGUCCAGCGCGCCAAAGUCCGGUUCUUCGUGCAGGCCCAGGCGGAGCUGUUCUCGAGCAGAUACGUCGCCUGGUUCAUUCAGGGAAAGAAAGACGGCUGGAAAGACCUGCUCGAUGGAGCUAGAGCUCUGCAGGGGCUCCUGCCUGAGAGCGGGGAGGGGUAUGCAGUGGGUGAUGAGCUGACGAUCGCGGACUGUGCGUUGGCGCCGUUCUGGGCGAGGACGAAGGUGUGCUAUGAGCGCGGAAUCGGGAUGUUCGACCCGGAGGAGGCGAAGUUGCUGAAGGAUGCGAUGGAUGCUCCAGAGAUGGCGAGGUUCAGGGCAUACACGGAGAGGCUGAUGGCGCAUCCGAGUGUACAAGAAAACUGGGACGAGGCAGGGGCCGUGGAACGCUCUCAGUGGAUCGUUUCGUUUUUCAAGCAUAGGAUCGCGUCAAAGCAGUGAAGAUAUCAAUCUCGCGUUCGUCUGCUCUCGAAAUACACGUCAUCCUUGUAAAACUGUGAUUAUCGGAGUAGAAUCAUCUUCACCUUGAUGCUGUACGUACUUCAUCUGAGGAUACACUUCCC